AUGACAUCCAGUCCAAAACACAUAGCACGGGGGGUUCUAGACGCCUUCUACAAGGCGGAACGAGAGUACAUGGCAGCCGCUCCAGAAGAUCGCGACUUUACCGGUAUUGCAGCCACCCUCGCCCCCAACUUCCGCAUGGAACAAACCUCCGCCCUGCCGUAUGGAGGCGUCUACGUCGGGCCAGAUGGGAUGCAGGACUGGACGCGGCGCAUGGCCGACUACUUUGAUGUAGUCGAUGUACAGAAUCCAGAAAUUUUUGAGCGCCCAAAUUCGGACCGAAUCGUGGUACUUUCGAAUGUCCACUUUAAAGUGCGCAGCACUGGGGAGGAAAUGGAUUUCCCGUUUUGUCAGGCCAUUACUGUCGACUUGGAGCGCGGAGUUAUUGUUGAGCUGAGGCCUUUUUACUGGGAUGUUGCGGCGGUAAACAAAUCUUUGGGAUAUGGGCAGUAA